AUGACAAGCGAUGUCAUGGAGCAGUUGGCCUCCAUUGCGGCCGGCGGCAUGUCCCUGGAGGAGGCGCGCCAAAUGAGGGAGACGCAAGCGCGCCGCCUCGAGGCCAAGAUCGAACGUCGGAAGGCGCAGGUCAAGGAGACCAUGAAGGCCCUGAGGCAGCACAAAACGGCGCUCGCUACACGACUACAGAAGCGCCAGGCGGAAAUAGUGGAACUCAAGAACGAGUUUGACAUGGUCAUGGCGGACUACAAGCUUGAAUGCCGCAAGCUUGCCGAGCAGGACUCCAAAGACCUACACGAGUUCUACCUGUGGGCGAAGGACGAGAUCGCAAAAUGCGCACAGUCAGCGCUAGAGAGGGCGCCGGUGGAGGACAAUACAGAGAUCAUGAGGGCGCUCAACGUUAUAUUAAAAAACUGCUAG